UCUUGCACUGAGAUUCAGUGGCACUCGGGAGCACCAUAGUUUUAUGCAAGAAACCACUUUACAAAAUAAAAUGCAUUAUUAUUCCCAUAUAAUUUUUAUUAUUACAGAGAAUCAGACAACAAUGUAUGCUACCGUCUGCCUAUUGGCUACUUAGCUUAUUCAAGCAUGUCUCAAAAUACAACACUGCCCUUUUAAGACAUAAAAACAGCUACUUGACUCAGAUGGCUAGAAAUAUACACUGUUUCUGCUUUUGUAUGAAGCAAUCACUCCAUAAUCGCUAACCAGAAAUGAGCUAUAACUGGGCUAAUAACUCACCAACUAAGAAAGAAUAUCAACAAAUGUGCACACGUGGCAGUACAUACGGCUCUCUCUUUUAUCUCAAAACAAGCACAUCUAUCUACUCGCUUGUGCCAGUCGUUGCAAUAUAAUUCUACUCAGAAGUUCUCUGCAAAAUAUCUUGCAUAGUUUGUUUUGCAUACACCCUCCUACUAAGUCUUGCAUAAUUCGUUUUGUUUCAUAUUUGUUGCAUUGAAAGUGGCUAACAUGACUUUGAUUCGAUCACAAUUCCGGCCACAGUAUAGGGAAACGUUGAUUCUGUUAACAAAAGGGGGAGAAUUCCAAACCUCCGGGGGUCUCUGCAUACCUUUCUGGGAUGGUUCGAGUAAGGGAGGCGCCCCUAAGUCUCCAUACGGGUGAAUGAGUGUGUGUGUGUAUUUAAGAACUGGGGUUGUUGCACAAGUCCCAAAAAAUAAGCAUAGACGUGUGAGUCAAAAUAGGCUAGCUGGCAUAGUUUAACUCUAAUUAGGCUACAUUUACUAUUUUUCCAAAUUGAUCUCAACUUGAACAUGGAGACUCAGCAGGUCGGUUCCAUUGCCAACCCUGUUCAAUUUCGGGACCAGGACUAUGUAGCCCUCCUAGAUGCGUGCGUUAAAUCCGGUUCGCUGUUCUCUGACUCAACCUUCGCCGCGGACCAGAGCUCAAUCGGUAUGCCUACCGACCCGGAUCCCAAAAAGGAGAUCAAGUGGCUGCGACCCAAGGAGAUCAGUGCCAAUGCUGUGUUUGUGGAGGACACAACCUGCACCACCGAUAUCUGCCAGGGCCAGCUGGGUGACUGUUGGCUUCUGGCUGCCCUGUCCUGCCUUACCAUGCACCCCAAUCUCUUUGUCAAAGUGGUACCACCCAAUCAGAGCCUGACAGAAUCCUACGCUGGCAUCUUCCACUUCACGUUUUGGCAGUAUGGUGAGUGGGUGGAGGUGGUAGUGGAUGACAGGCUGCCUGUACGCGGAGGCCGCCUGCUCUUCAGCUACUCCUGUACCCGCAACGAGUACUGGAGCGCCCUGGUGGAGAAAGCCUAUGCCAAGCUGAUCGGGUCAUAUGGCAGUCUGAAGGGGGGUAAUAUCUCUGAGGCGAUGGAGGACUUCACAGGCGGCAUAGCCUACUCCCUCCCUGUAUCCUCACGCACCCCCAGGAUCAUGUGGAAAGCCCUCUAUGAUGCCGUGUCCCGUGGCAGCCUUCUCAGCUGCUUCAUACAGGCUACGAACUAUCUUGAGAUAGGCACAGUGACUGCAGAGGGACUUGUGAAGGGCCACGCCUACGCCAUCACAGACACUGACACGGUGAAGAAGUCGGCUGGUGAGGCCUUGUUGCUGAGGCUGAGGAACCCCUGGGGCUUUGUGGAGUACUCUGGACCCUGGAGUGACAAGAGUAAAGACUGGGAUGAUGUGGAUGCUGCUGAAAAGAAAAGGAUUGCACUGAAAAAUAGUGAGGACGGAGAGUUCUGGAUCAGUGCGGAGGACUUCAGCAAGCUGUUUGGCACAGUGGAGCUGUGCAGUGUGGACCCUGACCCCAUAGUGGACGAGGACACACCCACCGACCCCGACUCCCCUGCCGCCCCCAUCUCUUCCUGGACCCUCAGCUCCCAUAAAGGCUCCUGGGUAUCGGGCUCCACCGCAGGGGGAAGCUGUACUUACCCUCGAUCUUUCUGGAAGAAUCCCCAGUUCCAGCUUAUCCUCGCAGAGCACGAUGAUGAUCAUGCGAUGACCCCGGAGGAGAAGAAGGUGGCCGAGAAUCAGAAGGAGAAAGCGAAGCAGUGCACCGUGUUGGUGGAACUACUGCAGAAAAACCGGAGAAAGAAGGAUAAAGUCAACUUCCUCCACAUCGCCUUCCACAUCUACAGGGUUCCUCCAAAGCUCCAGGGCCUGUGUCUGGGCCAGAGCUUCUUCUCUUCCCAGCAGCCUGUGGGGAGUUCUGGGAAGUACCAGCCCCUGAGGGCUGUGUGGAAGGAGGUGAGGCUGGACCCGGGAAACUAUGUGAUUCUGGCUUCCACCUACAGUCCCAACCAGCCUGCGGAAUUCUUCCUCCGCAUCUAUUCCAAGACUGCCAACAAUCUGGGGACCAAAGAUUUCACCUGCUCCACUGGCUUCCUCAUGGUAAUGUCAAUGCCACCAGUCUUGCCAGAGGAUCACAAGAGAGUGCAGAAGACCUUUGAUGAGAUGGCGGGGCCUGACGACAAGCUGAAUGCAAAGGAGUUCAUGAAGCUGGUUAACUCAGUUUUGGAGAAAGACUACCAGCUGCCACUGGAGACAUGCAGACAGCUCAUCUUCGGAGAGGAUACUGGGGGGCGUAGCAGUCUGACCCGAGAGCAGACAGAGCCUUUGCUGGCCUCUCUUCGCAGUCUGCAGUCCAUCUUCUUCAAGUUUGAUCAGGACUCUUCAGGGACCAUGUGCCCCUUUGAGCUUAGUCUGGCCCUCCAGGCUGCAGGGGUGCAGUGUGAUGGCCAGGUCAUACAACUGCUGUGGGAGAGGUUUGGCUCUGGGGAGCCGCAUCUGCCUUUCCAUGGCUUUGUGGCCUGCGUCACCAGGCUGCGCAAGCUAUUCGCCCUGUAUAAAUCAGAGAGCAACCCAGAGGUCAAAGAUGUGGGAAUCAAUGCUUGGCUGCUCCGACUCCUGACCGUGUGAGUGUGCUCUGCAAACGGGGUCUCUGCGUGGGCACUGCAGGGGCAUUCUGUCUGACCAGGACCAUAUAACAUCAUGCUUCUGUCGGCAUCCUCGCCCACAGACACACAGACACACACACACACACACACAUUAAUGAAUCCCUGAACUUUGUCACCAUACUAUACACCACUGUCAUUCUCUACUGCCAUAUUGUGUUACAGUGCUUUACAUGAAUUUACAUGGAUAGUACCUCUGGAGUUAGUGUCACUACUAAUGUAUUCGAUGUGAACACAGGUACUGUAUGUAUCUCUCUCAAUGUAAAUUUACACUGAGCGUGCAAAACAUUAAAAAGACCUUCGUAAUAUUGAUGUGAACACAGGUAGGAAUCUCUAGAUGUUCUUUUGUUUCAGCUAUUUCCGCAAAGUAAUUGAGUCAAGUUUUUUCAGUUUUACAGCCAAGUAUUUCUUAAAACUCAAAUAAUGAAAGAGGUUAAAAUAGUGAAAAUGUAGUUGAAGCUCUGGAAAUGAAAAUGAAAAACGCAAUAAUGAAAUGUAUCCAGAAAUAAAUCUUUGCAAAAAUGAA